GUCAACGGUUCAGUCUAACUUUAAAUUUUCACAAGAAGACUACACAUUUCAUAUUCUUGAAUCAUCAAUGGCCACGGGUUAGUCUACUUUAAAUUUCCACAAGAAGAUUACUCAUUUCAUGUUCUUAAUAGUCAACGGGUCAAUCUAACUAUAAAUUUCCACAAUAAGACUAGCGUUUAGUAGUAUAGCUUAUAGAACAACAAAAAGUAAUAUAAAUGGAGUAAUAAACAAAAGGGAGGCGUCUAAAAAAAGAGAGAAGAUAGAAAAAACAAAAUAAAAACGGAGGCGGCUAUAAAAAGUCUUGAUAAUAAUAGUCUUUGCUAUAAAAAGGUUUGCUAUUUGGAUUGAAAAUUCAUAAUAGAGACUAGAGAGUGAAGUAGUGAGCUUCCAUGAAAAACAUGAGAAUAAAAAGAUCUAUAUUCAUUGAUCCAACAUUCUUUUUUUCUUACCCAUAAAUAAAGGUUAUAAAAUAGAUAGAGUAAGGGCGUGAACAAUUGCAAGUAAACUUAGCAUUGCAUGAAAAAUUCAAAAUACUUCCUAUAAUACACCACACAAAAUAUGGAUGCUACAACAAAGCUAUAUGAUGCAGCACUCAAGGGAGACGAACCUUCAUUGCUCAACUUGCUCGAAGAAGACCCACAUAUCCUUGAUCGAUGCAUCAUCGAAAAUUCAGGAAGAUAUAUGCAGUCACCAUUACAUGUAGCAGCAAAUUUUGGGCAUGUAAAUUUUACUAAGAAGAUAAUAGAAAAAAAGCCAAAACUAGUAGAGGUGGUCGAUCAAAUAAAAAGAUCGUCACCCCUACACAUUGCCUGUGCUGAAGGGCACUUGCAAAUCGUCGAAACCUUGCUAGACGUGAAUUCGAGCAUUUGCUACACACAUGACCAAGAGGGUAAGACGCCUGUUCACGUAGCCGCCAUAAAUGGUCAAAUUGCCGUACUUAAAGCUCUUCUUAAAGUAGAGCCACAAGCUGCUCGGGAGCGAACUAUGGGUGGUGAAAGUGUGUUGCAUUUGUGUGUGAAACAUAAACAACCAGAGGCUUUGAGGUUUUUGGUAAAAACGAUGGAUGAUGGUGAGUUGUUUAACUUCGAUGAUGCUCUUGGUAAUACCGUCUUGCACCUAGCUGUGGCUGCCAAACAACCAGAGAUGGUAGAAAUUUUAAUAGUACAUCCAAAGAUUAAACAGAAUGCGAUUAACAAAAAUGGAUUGACAGUUGUGGAUACUCAUAAGAAAAGUCGGAGGGAUUCGAUACAAGAUACAAAGAUAUGGAAACUCCUUGAUCGUGCAAAUGUGUUACCCGCAAAGGAAGCACUGAAAACGACAAAAGAGCGUGCUUGGUUGGAGGACCAUCGCACAUCUCUAAUGGUGGUGGCAUCCUUGAUCGCAACCAUGGCUUUCCAAGUUGGAAUUAAUCCCCCAGGAGGCGUUUGGCAGGAUUCAAAAACAUAUACUAGCCAACAAGAUAUAAAAAAUUUAGGAUUACAUAAGGACCACACCGCAUAUGCAGGUACUUCUGUAUGGUCAUAUGGUCGUCAUUUUGAUUACAAUAAUGUACUAGUUACUAACACGAUAGGGCUAAUAUCAUCGUUAAGUGUCAUCCUUUUCCUUAUAAGCGGCCUUCCUUGCAAUCGAUAUUUAUUAACUGUUUUAAGGAUAAUCCUAUGGAUUUCUGUCACGGCAACAACAUUGACAUACAAGUUCUCGGUAUCCAAUCUAACUUAUGGAGAUGGCGGAAUUUGGACUGCAUUAGAGUUUUCUCUCGUAGCUUGGCUAGGGUUAAUGGGAACUAUACUCGUGGGACAUUUUUCGCGAUUCAUAUGGAAGCUUAUUGGUUGGCUAAGGAGGAAAUCAAUAAUGAUGUGUUAUCCGGAAAGGUCAAAAAACACUAUAAAUGAAUCAAAUUUGAUCGACAAUGUAUGAUAGUCUCACUACUCCGGCCAUGUUUGUUUCCCGGCUGUUCAAUAAUAAUGUACGAGUAUUGCUUUGGUUGAUUUGAUUGCAUUAAGCAUGAUUUUAUUUAUGUACCAUCUUCAUUAUUAGAUUGUUCAUUGUCAAAGUUUGUUACUUUACAUUUUAUGUGUAAUACAUGAGCAAACAUCAAUUACAAUUGGCCCAUCUUCUUUUAUAAUGAGAAUGCCCU